CGGAACCAGGCCUGAUUCCGGGCCGCAGCUCCGGGAACAUCCCGCCUGUCAGCAUCCAGGGCGGGGAGUCCGAUCGGGGCUGCUAGCCUGGGAAACCCGUGAUCCAGACGAGACGUUUUGUCCCAGCAGAGAUGCUGAAUGACCAGAUGGCUGCAGCCAUCUUGGCUGCGACGCUCUGCUUUGCUGCCAGCUGCGUCUGGGCGGCGGCCGACUGCUCGCCGUCCCCCACCGAGGCCUCCGGCGGCGCCCGGCUCCUGACCGCCGUGGUGGACGCUCAGAGGGCUGAGCGGGCCCGAAGGCAACACCUGGAGGCGCUGUUCCAUAGAUACGGAGAGAACGGCUCCAUCUCUCUGGACGGCCUGAAGCGUCUGCUGCAGAGCGUCGGCCUCGACCGGAUCCGGAACGUCAUGGUGAAGCACCGGGAAGAACCCGGCCACCACCAUCAGCACCAAACGCAUCAUCACCAUCACCAUCCGGGUCGGCACCCGGCUGCCGACCACAACAGAACCGAGGACCUGCAGCAACCAGCCCACUACGGCAGAACCGCAGACGGCAGAACCGCAGACGGCAGAACCGCAGACGGCGCCGGAUUGUUGGUGAAAACCCAAAAGAGAAGCUUGGCUGGAGAAGGAGGGACCACGGUCGUUAAAACCGAGCCAGCGGACCAGGAUCAUCUGCAGAACCGCCUGGAGAAUGAAGAGGUUCGGCUGACACAGGAAGAGUGCCUGAACGCCUCGGGCCUCCUCCUCUCACACGGGAUGUCCCAGGAAGGAGGCGUCGCCCUGGGAGACUUUGCCUUCCUGUGCCCCGCCCUCCUCCACCAGAUCGACAGCGGGGCGUGUCUCCUGCACGGCGACGCCUCCCGACACGAAGACGCAGGACAUAAACACCAUAAACAUUCACACGGUCACCAUGGAAACCACAGCGAGCCCCACGGCGGCGAAAACGGCAAACACAUCACAACAGCCUGGGUCGGCGGCUUCGUCUCCAUCACCGUCAUCAGCAUGCUGUCGCUGCUGGGCGUCCUGCUCAUCCCGCUCAUGAACAGAGUCUUCUUCAAGUUCCUGCUCAGCUUCCUGGUGGCGCUGGCCGUGGGAACGCUGAGCGGCGACGCCUUCCUGCACCUCAUUCCCCACUCUCAUGGGAACCACGACCACUACCAUCACCAUGACGACCACUACCAUCACCUGGGCGACCAAUACCAUCACCAUGACGACCACUACCAUCACCUGGGCGACCCCAACGACCUUCACCCUCACGGCGACGCCGAGGAGAACAUGGACGGCGUGUGGAAAGGCCUGACGGCUCUGGGCGGAGUCUACUUCAUGUUCCUGAUCGAACACUUCCUGACUCUGGGAAAAAUGUACAAAGACAAGAAGCAGAAGGUCCAGAAGAAGUGGGACCAGACGGACAAAUCGGACCCGGAGAAGCAGCCGGCUCUGGAGGAGAGUGGGCUGAAGCCAAGCGAAGACGUGGAGCCGAACGGCGCCGGAGCGUUCGGCGAGCUUCCCGGCGGCGUGUCGGAGGAGGAGCAGGUGAUGCUGGCGCCGCAGGUUUCCGUGGCGCCGCAGCAGACGUACGGCCGGCCCGACGGCGCCGGGUACUCGGCCGAGGACUGCGAGAACAAAUGCCACUCCCACUUCCACGACACGGUGGGGCAGGCGGACAGCCUGCACCACCAUCACCAUGACUACCACCACAUCCUGCACCACCACCACUCCCAGAACCACCACCCCCAGCCACGCCACAGCCACGCCCACUCCUACUCCGAGGAGCACUUCCAGCAGGCCGGCGUCGCCACGCUGGCCUGGAUGGUCAUCAUGGGCGACGGCCUGCACAACUUCAGCGACGGCCUCGCCAUCGGAGCCGCCUUCAGCGAGAGUCUGUCCAGCGGGCUGAGCACAUCGGUGGCCGUUUUCUGCCACGAGCUUCCACACGAGCUGGGUGACUUUGCGGUGCUGCUGAAGGCGGGCAUGACGGUUCGCCAGGCCAUCCUCUACAACGUUCUGUCGGCCAUGACGGCGUACCUCGGCUUGGUGACGGGGAUCCUGAUUGGCCACUACGCUGAAAACAUUUCCACCUGGAUCUUUGCCCUGACGGCCGGCCUCUUCAUGUACGUGGCGCUGGUGGACAUGGUGCCGGAGAUGCUGCACAACGACGCCGGCGACCACGGCUUCAGCCACUGGGGCUUCUUCCUGCUGCAGAACGCCGGCAUCCUGCUGGGCUUCUGCAUCAUGCUGCUCAUCGCACUGUUUGAGCACAAAAUCCAGCUGGACCUGGGGUUCUGACCCGCGCUGCGCUGCAUCCUGCUUCAGUUUACGGCAGGAAGCCUGGAGGGAGCCUGGAGGAAUCCUGGAGGGAGCCUGGAGGAAUCCUGGAGGGAGCCUGGAGGAAUCCUGGAGGGAGCCUGGAGGAAUCCAGGCCUGGAGUCGCUCAGCCGGGUUCACAGGUGGAAACCGUCUGGAGUUUCUUCUGAGUUUCUUUCACUAUGAACACAUUAAGUUUCUGUCUGAACUUCAUCUUUUGGGUCAAUGAGUUUAGUUUUUAAAUCAUUUUUAGGUUUUUCUCAGUGAAACCUGAUCAGUGUUAUAAAGGUACAACCGUCCAAACCACAGUUCCUGUUAAACCUGAUUCUGUAUAAACCUGACAGGAAGCAGAAGACGGGUCAUGAGUUACUUUUAGGUUUCUUUUUUUAAAUGAAUUCUUGUUUUUUCCGCUGAUAUUUGUGGAGUUUUGUGUUCAUGUUGAAUCUGUUUCUCGUUAAAAUGACAUUUUUCCCAAACAGCUUUAGAAACUUCAGCUCUGAAAUGUUAAACAGGAAAUAAUCCCUGAAAUGAAAUGAUUGAUAGAAGCACCAACAGGCGAUGCGUUCAGGAACUGAAGGAGCUUUUAGACUCACAUGUUGGUCCUCUAAAUGAUUCGGCUGCUUUUAAAGCUCCGUUUUAUUAAAAUAAGUC